AUACAUACUUAUAUGUACAGGAAUACAAAUGUAUAUACUUGCACAUGCAUAGAUACACACACACCAACAACAACAACAGCAACAACAACAACAA